UAGCAUUGCUGCUAGCUUAUUAGCUCAGCUCUGGUGUUUGCUGUCAGUCAGCGGAGCGAUGCUCGUCGUCUGACCGCUGGAUUGGAGGGACAGACCCGCUGUAAAUCAGACUGGAGCCCGCAGGAACCAAGUCCUGUGAUCAGGACCAAGCAGUAACAACAACCAUGGUGACCAAAAAAGUCAGGACAGAAUAUAUGAAGAAGUUCAGGGAUCCUAAAUGGGAGACGUUUUCUAAAUGCUAUGAGGACUCUCUGAAGUACCGUCUGACCCGGCGGGUGAUGGAGCACUCCCACAAGCCCUGGUUCUGGGAGGGCUGGGACAGCGGCUCGGACUCCAGCGGCUGGUCCACGCCGAGGAUCACCAGGAACAAAGUUGCUCCUCUGUCUCUCCCGCCGGCCACGUCCUCAGAGGUCAAACAGAGGUUGUGGGAGAUGAAAGCCAGUCCUGGACCAAAACCACCUUCUGAAGAUGGAGAAACUGAGGUGGGAACAGGAGAGGCUCCAGUUGUAGACGCUGCACCAACCACAGCUCCAGUCGUAGAAAACGGUGUGAAUGAGGACAGCGGAGGUUCGGUGACGGCGGCUCCGAACACCAGCGGACCCUCAGACGACACGGCAACAGACAACGGGCCGGCUGACACUGCGUCUUCUGAUGGAGAGCCGGUGAAUCCGGCACCACGCCGACGUCACCGCCGUCGCACCCCUCGUUCUGAGCCGGGACAACAGGACAGCUCCCAUGAUGGCAAACCAGCUGUUGUCCGCAAACCGUCGAGAGCAAAGAGCCAACCGCCGAUCAGCACCAAGGAGAAGGAGAACCGGAGACCAUCGAGUCGGUUAGAUUGGACCGAGAGGCAGAUGGAGAGCCACACAUCAGACGCCUGCGUUCAGACCAGAAGGGAGUCCGAUAAGCGCAGCUCCAACCUGGACCGCCGGCGAGCUCGAUCAGCUGACCUGGAGAAGAUGAAUCGGUCGCAGCUGACAGUAGUGGACGACCGCUGGAUGACGGAGUACAUGCGCUGCUUCUCCGCCCGGCUGAGGUAGAGAUGGGAUCCACCCAAACCCCUGAAAACCACGCUUCCUUAUUUGAGAGCAAAUGUCAGGAGGUGUAGAUCGUUUCUAGAGGGGGAUUAACAAGACAGACUGAAACCACGUUGUCUCGUUACAGCCCAUCAUCCCAAAACAUCGCUGUGUGGUCUCCUUAUUGGACAGAAAAAUAAAGGAAAGGAGGGGUAGAUGCAAAAUGUAGCUUUUUCAGUUUAAGUGUAACUCAUUAUUGUGCAACACGCUGAGAGAGGAACCUCUGGAAGUCAGACAGAGACACAACUUCACCUUCCUCCUCUUAGUUUGGUGAGUUAAGUCUCUUUAAAUACUGCAGUACCCAUAAGCCUCAGGGACUGUCCAGCUCAACAUCAUUUAUUAACUCCAUUGUGAUCCAAACCAGAUCUUUUAAAGCCUGUCGCAGUAUCCUUAAGCAUAGAAAUCUCACACAAAGACAGAGAACAUUUUUAAUAAAGAUCCUACAGCCAUGGCCAUAAGUUUGGACACAGCAUGACUUCCUAUGUCUGUUUUGAUGUCUAUUACAGAACAUAACUAAUAUUUUUGACAGCACCAGUUUAAUUAGUCAACAAAUCAACAAGGGAUAUAAUAUUAUCAAUAAAUUCCAACAAUUGGAACAACUUUGUUCCCAAAACAUAUAUGAGAAGAAAAUAACAAAAAAAUGCAGUACUUUCACAAACGAAUUUGGUAAGAAUAACAAAAUGACACCAAACUCUUUUGAUGUUUUUUUAAAUAUGAAACUUAAUAUAGUUCUCAGGAGUUGUGUAUUAUCACCCAAACACUUCAGUAUUUUGUGGUAUUUUCUAAGAUUCACAUGCGUCAUGGUACUUGUGUCCAAACUUAUGGCCAUGGCUGUAUAAAUGGGCUUUUUUUCAUGAACUUGUGACCAGGAUAUGACGCGUCAUAGUGGAGAAAUCUACUUGUCAGUUCUCUCUGUAAGUUAUGGCAACACAGAAAGAUAUUUGAGUAUUGAGUGUUGUUUGUCACAUCAGUUCAGCUAAUACGAGCUCAUCACAAUGAAAGCUCAACAUUUUUGAUAUUGACUUCAUUUAAAUUUGCAAAACGUAAACUACAGUUUUCACAUAGCUCAGCCUUAAUUUUCACCCCAUAAUAAGGAAGACAGUGGCCAUUUAAAGCAUGUGACGUAACUUUUCUGACCUCGGUCUUUAAUAUGUUUAUCACAGCAAUGAAUGAAACGAUGAUGUGAGAACAGUAUUUAAUGUGAACGAUAACUGAUGCUGACGAACACACAGAGAAAAAAAACAAAUAAAUCUGCAGCUCUCCUCAGCUUUAAGAAGCUUUAUAGUCUAAUCACAGCUGUACUCUUUUGGUCACUUGUGUUUUUCUUUAGACAUAAUAGUAUUUAAAAAAUAACAAAGCAGACCAGCUAAUGAACAUGGUGACUGAUUCUGCUGCCCCCAAGUGGCCAAAAAAAAGGUUUAGGAGCGGAAACACUCCAACAUGCGUUCAGCUAACAUCUUCUAUGCUGAAGAGGACAUUUCCUUUCAGACCUGGGAUGUAUUCCCUUGUACACUCUGCCACCUCCUCACUUUAUUUUAGAUUACACAGUUAUUUAUGAUGAAUUAACGAGACAACAGGAGCAGCGUCACCUGUUUGCUCCUUUCAGAGUGAGUCGCUGCUGUUGAGGAUGAAAACACUGAGUUUAAAGUUUGUGUGCUCAUUUAUUCAUAGACUAAAGCCUGUUUAAAUGUCUUUGUAAUAUGUUAAGUAUCAUUUGUAUUGAACGAAGCUCUCCUUGGCAGGCUGCUAGUGCUCUUUCGGUCGAUACUCUUGAUGUUUUGGUGAAGUCAUACAGAUGCUGUGAGGAAAAAAGGGUUUCAUUUCAUGAAAUUUCUGGAGAAACAGAUCUUUAUUUCAAAGGAAUCAGAAAAGAAAACGCUUUUUAAGAAGUCGCUCUUCCCUUUGUUUGUUUCCCCCCGACGGCAGCGGCUCAGUCUGCAGGAACGUUUCAGUUUUUAGAUGUGACGGACUUCCGUGUGUUUCUCUGGUUCUGUUGUUUGUGUGGAAACUAUUUGCAUUUUGAGAAUGAACAAACAAACAGAUGAGAUGAACUCUUUCUACGCUUUUCUUUACAUGAGUUAAAAGAACAAUCACUUCCUGAAUGUAUUUUUAUUUCUGUGCAUGAAAGUCUCCAAACACUCUGCUGUGCUUUAUCCAGCUCUUACUCUUCCUUCACACUCGUCAUGUUUCUCCGUUCUCUCUCUCUAAGGCAGCUGUGUGUUUCUACGGCAACAGAAAGGACCAAACUGGAAUAUUUUUGAUAUCUGAGUAUUUUGAACUAAAGACUUAAAUUAGAAGAAAACUACUGCCGGAUAGUUUAGCAGAAAUAUAGAAAGGCGCGUUUUAUCAGAUAACUUAGUUUUUAAGGUAUUUUUAGAGGACAAAUGAUAUCUAAGCUGUGCUCUAAGCUGUGCUGGCUUUAAAUUCAUCUCAGUCUUAGUACAUGAAUUUCAAUGAGUGGACUGUUAAACAAUUUCAGAGUAUAGUUGGUGUUUUUUCAGGUUCUAUCACAUCAAGCAGCUCCUUGUUUCUUUUCAUUUCAAUGAAAAAUCAAUCUUUUCUGUUUACACAGUGCUAAACGCUUCACAUGUUUCUCUUCAUUCAGAAUGAAAAGAUUAAAUCACAGCAGGAGCUAAUUCAGCUUCUUUGGGCUGAUUAUGCAAACAGAAACAGAUCACUUCAAGCCCCUUUUAGUGGUUUAGUAAAUCUUUUAACUAAAGAGGAGGUGAGAUUUAGAAAGUGCAGCGCUUUAAUAUUGCUGAUUUAUGUUUAUGUAUAUAAAGACAACAGAAUUGUUUGCUUUAUGAGAAAUCAGGUCUCACACUCUGUUUCCUGCAGUCUUUUAGUGCUAUAAUAAAGACCACUAAUUUCACAAUGAUGUCAUUGAAUAAAUAAAUAAAAAACUGAAAUUUUCAAGGAUGAAGACAGAAAUAACUGUUUUAUAUUUAAUUAAUAAGCGACAGCCUGAAGGCUGUCGUUUUCUAACUAAACAGAUGAGAUCUAUCCAGAUGGAGGCAGCUUAUCACCUCAGCUAAACAAUUUCUGCCACAUUUUAUUUUCUGAGGUUAUACUUUCUGUGUUUAAGGUUUUCUUUAAGCGUUUUCAGUUGCAGAACAUAGUGUUUAUAUACCAAUUAAGGUGCUUAAACAUUCACGGUUGUCAUAUAUUAUGUACUCAUUUCCUAGUGGCUUCCUGGAAAGAACCACAUCAUUUGGUACCAGUUAUCAGACAAAUAGAGGCAGUUUUCUCUUGGUACAGGUGAAAUGAAAUUGUUUUCACUUCAACUCCAUGAUCGGUAAUUCAGCUGAACAUGCAAAAACAAAGUAGACACUGAUUUCCUUUAGUCUGACAAAUUAUUUAAUCAGAAUAGCUUCACACAGUCCAGCACACAGUUUAAAAUCUGUAUGAAUGAGGUUUCCAGUAAUAAAUUGAUAAUAGAAGAACAUUCAUUUCUUCAAGCUGCAUAUUCCUUCCAGGAAGCUUCCUCUGAAAUAAUGAAGGAAUGACAGAUCUGUAAAACAGUGUCACAACAGCUUCCUGCUGCACACUCUGAAAUCAGCCUCCUGAUUCAGUCCUCUGUCUCUGCCAUACCUCUCUCCUAUGUUCAGUUUAUAUCCAGAGAUGGGAUGAAAGGAGAAUGUUUGCAGCCAAAAUAACAUGAACUGUUCUAAAUCUGAAUAUUGGAUUACCUCCUUGUGUUUAGACAUCAAACUUCAUCUCUUUCCAUCGAUCAGACAAACAGGAUGUGAAGUAAAGCUCAGUCUGCAGGUGUUAGAUGUUGUUACGGGGUUUUGAAUUUCUGUUCUGUUAAUUGUUGAUGUAACUAAAGAUUGUAAAUAGACGUCAUCUUCUCGUCUCAUGACUAACCGAGGGCUAACGUUCACUUUGUAAGAUAUCGAACUGUUUGUGAGUUUACUUUUAAAGCUGAAUGCAUCAAAGUCACUGAGAAUGUUUAUGAGUUUCACACCAGCUAAACCUCGUUGCUCUGAAUGUGCACAAUGAUUUAUUUACUAUUUAUUUUCACAAGGUUUUGCUCACUGUGUUGUGAGACAACUGGAAACGCCUCAUCAUUUUCAACAUGUCCAGUCUGAAACAGCAAUGUUUUUAGUGUGGCGGUGAAGAAAGUUCUCAGAUUCUUUACUUAAAGGGGCCUAAUGUCCAACUCUUUCCAGUAUUUUACUCUGGGACUCCACUACAGAAAGUCUGCAUGAUUGACAGUUAAAAAUAUUCUUAUUCGUCUUUCUUACAAGGAUUACUUUACAUCGCUUUCACCUCAUUAUGUGAUAUUUUUGCUGUCUUCAUAUACGAUCAGCUGACUUUCCAAUAUCAAACAGUACUGUUCAAAAGUGUGGGGUCACUUAGAAAUGUCAUUAUUUUUAAAAGAAAAUACAUUUCUUUUAAUGAGGACAACAUUUAAUGAAUGAUAAAUCCAGUGUAGACAUAGUUAAUGUGCUAAAUGACUGUUCUAGCUGGAAACGGCUGAUUUUUAAUGGAAUAUCUCCAUAAUAAUGCUACAUUGUGUUAGCUGAUGGUGUUAGAAGACUCACUGAUGAUUAGAAGACCCUUGUGCAGUUUUGUGUGAGGCUUCAUGGAAAAUGUGAAAUUACCUGUGUGAGCCCAAACUUUUGAACAGUAGUGUGCAUAUAUGACAGAAAAUAUGGAAAAGCAUCAGAGGUUCCUUUCAAAUGAAUGUCCUAACCAUGCUGUGAAAAUGCUCCGUUACAGUAAGUUAGAUUAAGUAUAUUAAAUACAAUCAGCUAUGUGCUUUAAAGCUGCAUCUAUUAUCAUAUUUCUUAGGGAUUAUUCUGCUAGUUGUCUCAGUUAAGUCCACAGUGACUCCUUCACAGAACAGAUGAUCUUGACACUAAAGCAGGAAAUUCUCACAUUUAAGCAGCUGGAUCCAUGAAAUAUUUUGAACUUUAAGGACAAACCACUUAAAUAUUAACCACUUGAUUGUAUGAACCGACUGAUAUUUUAGAGAGUUUGCAUUAAUUGUUUUUCAUAACGAACAACAAGAAAAUUUCCUAAAGGAGCAAAAUCUAGACAGAAAUUAACGUUUUGGAGAAACUUGGUGUGGAAAAAGUUGAGAAGUAAACUAUAAAUGUGGGAAUCCGUGCGUCUCCUCGUGGGUCACAGUUGCCGACUAAAUAUUCAUGGUACUUUUAGCUUCAUGAUGGUGUUUUUCUUGAAGUUGACUAAAACGAUCAACAGUAACUGUUAGAGAAGUGUUCAGAAAUCAGCCUUUCUUUUAGACAAGCUUCUCCCACAUGGAUGAAUCAGGACAGGUUUAAAAAAGAAUGAACUUUUUCUCUAGAAUGGACCCAGAGUAUGUAAAUGUUCACGUGGAUCUGCUGAGCUGGACGUGUUGUCACAGACCGAAAGCCUACUGCAAACGUCUGUAAAUUCACUUUUGCUUUAAAUUUCAAAUUGUUUGUGUCGUUAAUGUCGUUGGCUUGAACAAAUUUGGGUCUGAAGUCACAGCAGGACAGUUUACUCAGAGGUGAACAUCAUUUUAACGUUCCAUUGAGGGUCGUUGCUCACGGUCGAUGUAGUAAAGGUCAGGUCAGUAAAUGUGCUUUAAAAUAUCAUGCAGGGGCUUCAUAAAAGAGGAAUGUUCUGUUGGUUUAUCCUCUGUUUGGGGUCACAUGACUCUCUCUAGCCAGCAGUCUGAACUGUCAGGUUUAUUAAAAAUUCAUGUGGACCAGAUAGAAGAUAGAAUCUACUUGAGGGCAGCUUGAUCUUAAAGAGAAAAAAAAAACCGCCAGAAAAUGUCUCUUGAUUUUUGCAAAAACAUUGUGGUGUUUGUUUCUUUGCUUAUGUUUAUAAUACUUUAUUUUUGAGCAUCCAAAUGUUCAGACAAUCACAAGAAAGUAUUUGAACUGUUGUUGAGCAGCUAAUUUAAUGGUAAAAUAAUAGAAAGUUCCUUAUUUAACAUAAAAAACAUUAAAUAUAAGCUAUUAUAUACGGUGGAGUUGUGUUGGAGAAAGUGUUUUUCUAGUGUGGUUUUCUGGCAGCAGAUUCGAUGAAAUGUUUAUACAUCUGAAUAUUUCAUCAUGUUUUAUCUCCACUGACUGUUUACAUUUUUGCUCACUGUAUUUGUAUUUGAAAACAUGCACAGCUUAUGUUUUCAUCACUUUAGGCAUUGCUGUGAAUAAAUCUUAUUUGAAUAAAGUCUGAUUUGAAUAGUU